AUGGAUCCCCCUAAAAAUGAAGGGGAUAUGAAACCAACAAAUCUCGAAGAAGUAAAAGAGGAGGGUCCUCUCUUUUCUUGUAAUCUAUUUGAUGCACAAAUGGUUCGAAAGGUAGCACAGGAAUUCCUUACAGGAUUAGCCUCCGCUUGUGUUGACAACACGACUGGUGGUUUAUUCAAGAGCCCUGCUUCUAUGGCUGUUGAUAUCAGAAGAGAAAUGGUGGACUAUCUUAUCCAGAGAAGCGAGACAUUUGUUGCUGAAUCUGUUGUGUUAGAAGGUGGAACAGAAACCAUUGUGUCGGACAACCCUUAUGAUAACAUUUCGGAUUUUAUUGAUGAUUUUGGUCAGUCGAAGAGAAAUUUUUUUAGCAAGGUUUCAGGUUGGAUGCUAAGUGAAAGAAGAGAGGAUAGAAUAGAUGAUUUUGUACAAGAAAUGGAGAUAAAUGGCUUUUGGUUGAUGGCGAGGAGGGAAACCGUAGCACAAACAGUGAUUCGAAACGUUGAUUUCAAAAACACCUUUCACUGCAAUAUGAAGUUUAAGUCCGAAGAAGAGCUUGCAAGACAUGUCUUUUCGUGUGGUUUCAGGGAAAUACACUGUGAAAAUGACGGUUGUAAUGCAAGAUUUAGUGCAGCUCAACUUGAACAGCAUGAUUCGGAGUGUCCUUUCAAAAUACUUCAGUGUGAGCAGAAGUGCCCAGAAAUGCUCAUGAGACGUGAAAUGGACCGGCAUUGUAUAACUAUUUGUACAAUGAAGCUUGUCAAUUGUCCCUUUUAUCCCGUUGGUUGCCAAUCGACUGUUCCCCAAUGCAAAGCAGACGAACACCGUAAAGAGAAUCUCCAAUCUCACUUGGUCUACAUUUUAAAACUUAUUUACAAGGAAGCAUCUUCAGAAGCUCUUAAGAAAAGGGCUGAACAAUUGGAACAGGCAACAUCAGGUGGACGAUUAGCAGCUGCUCGUGAUGCAAGAUCAUUAACAACUGCAAUUAAGAAUAUUGAUGCAAAGCUUGGACCGUUGGAGGUCGAGAAAAAGAUAGAGGUCAAUCCAGAGUUAAUAGAACAAAAAGACGAGGGCACUGAUGUAUCCACCAAGAAUGACGAUCAUGAUGGUAAGGACUCGCUUCAUAAGAAUGAGACGUCUCCAGACUCACCCAAGAUUCAGCAUGACCUUACAGCUACGCCCGCCAAAGCAGAGUCACCUACCAAAUCAGUGGAUAUUGUAGAACCAACUAGCAAAACUAAAGUGCAAGAAUCUUCUAAGUCACCUCAGGACCUCACAGUUUUCUCAUCCAAAAGUGAAGAGUCUACCCUCUCACCCAUGAAACAUAAAAAAUCUUCCUCACCUGAAAUGGAUACACAUGAAACUAAUGAGUCUACACCAUCACCCAAAAAACACCAUGACUCCACAGCUUCCUCACCCAAAAUGAGUACACAUGAGUCGACUCCAUCACCGAAAAAACACCAUGACUCCACAACUUCCUCACCUAAAAUGUGUACACACGAGUCUACAAUAUCCCCAAAAGAACACCAUGACUCCACAGCUUCCUCACCCAAAAUGAGUACACAUGAGCUUACUCUACCAAAGAAACACCAUGACUCCAUGGCUACCUCACCCAAAAUAGGUACACAUGAGUCUACACCAUUACCCAAAAACCAACAUGACUCCACAACUUCCUCACCCAAAAUGAGUACACAUGAGUCGACUCCAUCACCGAAAAAACACCAUGACUCCACAACUUCCUCACCUAAAAUGUGUACACACGAGUCUACGAUAUCACCAAAAGAACACCAUGACUCCACAGCUUCCUCACCCAAAAUGAGUACACAUGAGUUAACUCCAUCACCAAAGAAACAACAUGACUCCACAACUUCCUCACCUAAAAUGAGUACACAUGAGUCGACUCCAUCACCAAAGAAACACCAUGACUCCACAACUUCCUCACCUAAAGUGAGUACACAUGAGUCCACACCAUCACCAACUAAACACCAUAACUCCACGCCAUCCUCACUUGAAACGGAGUAUGCAAAAAGUGAAGAGUCUAUUCCAUCAGCCAAUAACCAUUAGGACUCCAUGACUUUGGGAGUCAAGGUUGAGUGACAUGCAAAAUUAGGAUUUUGUGGAGGAAUGAACUUCAAAAUGGAGUCUACAAGGCCACACCUCAGUGAAAAAAGAUCAACAAAUUCAUCAUCAAAAAGAGAAAAAGACCCCAAGUCAACAAUUCCAAAGUGGAUGCAGGGGUAGCAACCGAAUGAAGUACAUACAUGAAAUAGAAUCAAACCAUGUAAAAAAGUUUUCUUCGCCAUCUGUCCAUUGUCAAU